CUACAAUACCUCACAGUGGGUAUGCGCCAUAUCUAGAGAGACAACACUGCGCCUCCGUCAGAGAGCAGGCUUGGCGACCAACGGGCCGACCGAGUUCUUCCCGCAUCUGGCCGCGCCUCGACAGGGAGAUGGACUGGGGCCUGCUGCUGCGAAGACUGACUGCGGGAGCGAUCGAAGGCCAGGGCCAGUGCCUGUACGCGGCGGUGCACAACAUCCAGACGGGAGCCUGCAUUGCUUACGAGCCACCGGAAAUAUGCCCGGGAGUGUCCGAGUCCGAGGUUUGCGAGCUCGUGUCGUCGCACCGGGACCCGCUGCGCAUGUACCGCGGUGGGGCGAGCAUCUGCCGACUGCGGUUCACCUUCCUGAAGAUGGAAGGCAAGAACGUCGUCCUGCUGCGCAGGCCGGACGCUAAGUGCGCCGUCGGAUUCGCCAACACCGUUCUCGUUGUCGCUGUAUACUCGGUCCACGAGCCGUCCAAGCUGGUUGUUCCCAAGCUUCAAGAGAUGUGCACCAUGUUAGUUCAACAGUGUUAUUGAAAUAUGUUGGCGCUCGCACUGAAGGAAAAAUAAAUAAAUGUAUAUAGACACCGCAUUCUUGUUAUUCAG